AAUAAUAGUAAUUAAAAAAUCCACCGACGACGCAAGCUUCCUUUUCCGCGUUCGCUGAAAAUGAAGAACUGAAAAACAAACACAAUCACUACUUCCAGUCGGUUCUGAGCCUCCAAAACAUGGCGAAUCUCUCAAAUUCAGUGUUUCUGAUCCUAAUUUUCUCUCUGCAACUCAAUUUUGCUCUCUCCAAAACCCUAAAACGCGACGUGAAGGCUUUGAAUGAGAUUAAGGCAUCGCUUGGAUGGCGAGUGGUAUACGCUUGGGUCGGCGACGAUCCUUGUGGUGAUGGUGAUCUGCCGCCGUGGUCUGGCGUUACUUGCUCUACUCAAGGAGAUUAUAGAGUCGUCACUGAUUUGGAAGUGUAUGCUGUAUCAAUUGUGGGGCCGUUUCCUACUGCUGUUACUAAUCUGUUGGAUCUAACUAGACUGGAUCUCCAUAACAACAAAUUGACGGGGCCUAUUCCUCCCCAAAUUGGGCGGUUGAAGCGUCUUAAGAUACUUAAUUUGAGGUGGAACAAGCUACAAGAUGCCAUUCCUCCUGAAAUUGGUGAACUCAAGAGUCUAACCCAUCUAUAUCUGAGCUUCAAUAAUUUCAAAGGAGAAAUCCCUAAGGAGCUUGCUAAUCUUCCUGAGCUCCGAUAUCUUUAUCUACAUGAAAAUCGCUUCUCUGGGCGAAUUCCUGCGGAGUUGGGGAUGCUGCAAAAUCUUCGGCACUUGGAUGUUGGCAACAAUCAUUUGGUGGGCACUAUAAGGGAAUUAAUACGUUUUGAGGGUUGCUUCCCCGCACUUCGCAACCUUUAUCUAAAUAAUAAUUACCUCACUGGAGGAGUUCCUGCACAACUUGCAAACUUGACUAAUCUAGAAAUAUUGCAUCUAUCUUAUAACAAAAUGUCCGGAAUAAUACCUGCUGGAGUUGCUCAUAUCCCUAGAUUGACUCACUUCUACUUGGACCAUAAUCAAUUUUCUGGGAGAAUUCCUGAUGCCUUCUACAAACAUCAGUACUUGAAAGAAAUGUACAUCGAAGGAAAUGCAUUCAAACCUGGUGUAAACCCAAUAGGUGUCCAUAAAGUCCUUGAAGUUUCUGAUGCAGAUUUCUUAGUUUAGUUGAUAACAUAUUCUUUAAUUGUCUGGAUACUGUGAUUAUAUUUGUCAUUGUUAGGCGAUUUACGCGUUAUUUAAUGAAAAUGGGAAAAUCCCUUGUAGCUCUCUGCAAAAGUUUUGCCAAAUAGUGGAUUUAGCUUCUCACCAUAUCUUCUUUUAAAAAAAGUCAAAGCGACGUAUUAUAUAAAGCUCAAAAAGCCCCUCAUAGGUGUAAAAGAAGUAUAAAAGUGUGCUACGAGUUACCCAGGAAGAAACAAGAUCCAAUCAUGGUGGUUCUGCCAGACUUUGGUUUUAGGUUGCUUUUUGACAAGUUACUGUGUUGCCAUGUAUUUGGUUAUAUGUAGUUUUACUAUAACAUUUAAAGGAGUUAAUGUUGUGCUUAAUGUAUUUGAUCUGAAAUCAAGAAUUUUAAAACAUGAAGUAUAUUUGGAAUUCA